UCCAACCCUAUGAUAAUUUCUCUCUCUAGAAGGGUGUUUUGUUUGAUAAGUGAGCCACAAAAAAGAAAACAUUCAGAGAGAUCAGAUCCAAGGUGGUUAAUCUGUCAAAAACCAAGAGCCUCCAUAUAUACAUACAUACCUUGAUCAGUCAAUCUAUCUAUCAAUCAAUCAAAUCACUAAAUCAAAAAGUGAGAAACCUAACACCUUCACCACCACCAACAACAACAAUAAGAAGAAGAAGAAGAAAGAAGUAGAACAAGAUGUCCUCUUCCUCCGCCGCCUUCGCCGCUCCCGACCACCACCACCACCACCACCUCUCCCCCUCCGAGCAGCUCGGCUACGUCCAUUGCACCUACUGCAACACCGUCCUCGCUGUGGGGGUGCCGUGCACGAGCCUGUUCAAGACCGUGACGGUGCGAUGCGGCAACUGCUCCAACCUCCUCUCCGUCACCGUCGACAUGCGCGGCCUCCUCCUCCCGCCGGCGAAUCAGCUCCACCUCGGCCACUCCUUCUUCUCCCCCCAGAAUCUCCUCGAGGAGAUCCGAAGCUCGCCUUCCAACCUGCUGCCGAAUCCCAACGAGCCAUUGAUGCCGAUCCACGAGCUCCCCAAGCCUCCCGUAGCUAACAGACCACCGGAGAAAAGACAGAGAGUGCCAUCUGCUUACAACCGGUUCAUCAAGGACGAGAUCCAACGUAUCAAAGCUGGAAACCCUGAUAUUAGCCACAGAGAGGCGUUCAGUGCCGCUGCAAAAAAUUGGGCCCACUUUCCUCAUAUUCACUUCGGACUGAUGCCUGAUCAACCCGUGAAGAAGCAAAAUGUGUGUCAACAGGAAGGAGAUGAUGUUGUGAUGAUGAAAGAUGGGUUUCUUUCUGCUGCUGCAAACGUGGGCGUGUCUCCCUACUAAUAUAAGAAAUUAUAUGAAUGAAUGCAGCUUUAUUUUCCGAAUGUUUUCUAUGUUAAUGUUGUCUUCUUUUUUUUUUUUCUCUAUGUCAUUAAUUUAUUAGAGCUCGUUAUGAACGAAACGCUGCUUGUAACAGUUUUAAUUAGCUUCAGCUUUCUGUGGUGGGGAGAGGAUUUUGAUGAGGACUGCUUGCUAAUACUAACUGUUAUUCACCUUUUCAUUA